GCUCAGGUUUAGGCUAUAUUAUCAGAGCAGAUUAUGAAGCAGCCUUCAUCUGUGGCAGUUUCAUCUGGUCGUCUCCAUGGAAAAACACCAGACACUUAUGAUAUUUCUUUUAAUAUUAUUUGUUUUUCUACAGCUAUCACAGUCAUAUGAUCAGGUGCCUGCUUUGGUGGAAGAGAGCUCACAGGCUCCCUCAUUCCACGCCAUCAGUCUUAGAAAUGAAGCAGUGGAAAUACAGCUCAACAGUGCCUCUGCAAGUGAGAGUUACUUGCCUACAGCAGAAAUCCCACCACGAAAAACCCUGCAGCCUUCAGGUUGGCAAACUCUUGCCCCUCCCAGCACAAGAAGGAAGCUUCUGCAGUCCUCAAGUUCAACCCCCUAUUCCCCACUGAGUGUGGCCUUCAGUGGGAAAAUCUGCAUUCUCUUCAGGGCUAAGAAGCUGGUGAUUAAGUACAAAAACCACACAUUUGUGGAUCUGACAGAGAAGACGUUUGGUCCUGAUGCUACAGUGGACACCAAAGACUCCACCUGUAGCAAAGAUAAAGCCAUACUCUCUCUGAGGUAUGGUGAUGUGGAAGAUCUCAAAGGCCUUGUCAUAAGACUACAGAUGUCCAACACACUCUACGAGUCAGCUGGACAGAACUGGUUCUCGCUGGACACAGUACACCUUCAUUAUAACUGGACACUGGAUGCCACCUUCAAUGCCACUGAGGUGUAUGCCCCAGCCACCUAUUCAUACCACUGCCAGCACGUCAGCAGCCUACAGAAAUACGACACCCUGCUGGUUCCCAUCUCUAACAGCGACACUUCAGUACACUGGCACAUCACCUUCACCGACUUCCAGAUCCAAGCCUUCAACGUGCAGUCGGGUGAGUUUGCGUCUGCCAGUGACUGUACCACCUUCUUCACCCCCGCCAUCCUCAUGGGCCUCAUCACAUCUCUCAUCCUGCUCUUAGUGCUGGCUUACGCCCUGCACAUGGUGGUGCACCUCAAGUCCAUCGACCGAUACGAAGAGCACAAGACUGUCUAUUUCCCCCGCAGCCCCGAAACAGCCCGCACAGACAAGGACAGCUUAUAGGAGGCAAUACGUCUCAGUGAAGUCGCCACCGUGGCAGGCAGACCCACAGGCAAGCAUGUAGCAAUUGGCUACAGAGCUCCCAUAGUGUUACAAAGGAAAAAGCCGAGCUGAUUCGCCUGGCUGUACUUCACACAGGUAUGGGUCCACAAGUUAGCAUGCCCCGGAGAGCUUAGGCCAAAGUCUCCCCAGACACCAUCCUCCUGGGUGCGCUAACUCAGAAAUAGCUACUGGCGUGGUGCAUGGAGCACAAACAGGAUACGGAGACGGCCGCAUGGGAGCACGCCGAUCUGCAGUCGCCCUUAAGCGUGUUCCGAUUGAAGAAGAGAGGUGAAUAAAGCACUGCAAAGAGGUGGCUAGCACUAGGACACCGGGGGAAAUUACACCAAACUCACGACAGUUGCCUAGCAACCACAGGGACGGCAGAAUCUGUGCCGUCCAGUGAAGAGUGCUAUCAAAGGAGCAUCAAGAGGAACCAUUCGAAGGCAUCUUCAUGCAAUUCUUUCAAUGUCUGUAAACUUACAAGAAACACUGAAGUAUCUGUCUUUGAUUAGUCCCGGGUAUCAUUGCUGAUGUUCAUCAUCUUUAUCAUUGUAAAACUACAGAAGAGACUUCCUGUCAGGAUUAUAUUACCUUACUGUUACAGAAGGUGUUAAAAUAAUAUAUUUUUUCAUCUUCUAGCACUUUAUUGUCUUAUACAGAUGACCACUGAACCUGAUGUAGUGAAAGUAAUUCACGGAAGGCUGCCUGUUAAUCAGCUAUUUAACACACAUGUCUGACACAAUUAGUGUUCAAACAAGAACAUCCUUUUGCUGUUUAACCUUAAUGUUUUUAGCAUGCCAGUGACUCAUAUCAAUUUAACCAUCAAAAGCAUUAGCACUGUGUAAUUUAUAGACUGGCUGACAGAGAUGGAAGAUUUUAUGAGUUCCAAGUGCUGUAUCUGAAAACUCGUUGUCAGUACAUAUUAACAUUAGCUGUUUAAUAAAACAUUUAAAAAUGCAAAUGUCUGGGAAACUUAUUAUAGUAUAUUGCCAAUAUGGUACAUAGCCAUGUUAAUACUACCUCAACAACACAUAGGUAUUUGGUUUUGACUAAUAAAGUAACUU